AUGCUCUCUACCACGAGAGGUGCUAGCUUAAGAAAGCAGGACAAUGAUCAGACGAGGUUGGGGGUGAUAGCUGGCAGUAGGAGGCCUAAGCAGUAUUUCAAAGGAGCUGACGUCAGCUACCUGCUUAAGCAAGCAGGACCAAUAUGCAAGCAAGCUGACGAUUCAGCUUGGUGGAUAAGCAGGCAGGAGAAAGCCAUUAUUAAGCAGGCAGGAGGCGGCACCUAA